GGGAAUUUGAAUGUCCCAACAUGAGGUCGCUACUUUUCGUAGUGAUCUGUUCUGUGAUCUGCAACGAGGCUGUGACGGGCACUCACAAGAGCAAGCCCGGAGGAUACAAAAAAAAGCAGUGCGGCCGGGACGAGCAGUAUUACGACCACAUACCGGACUGCAAGAACACCUGUGAGAACUACGACAAUCCGGCCGUGCUGUGUGCCAUAGGAAAACCGGGAUGUUUCUGCAGAGAAGGUUUGGUCAAGAGGAAGGACGGCAAAUGCGUGCCUCCCAGGGAAUGUCCGAGAGGCGGACAGAAUUGCAAGAAGGACGAACAAUAUUACGAAGCCAUGCCGAGCUGCAAGAACACCUGUGAGAAUUACAACAACCCGGGUGUGCGCUGCGCACCCGGUCCGCCCGGGUGCUUCUGUAAGGAAGGACUGGUGAAACGGAAAUGCGGGAAAUGCGUCAAGCCAUGUGACUGUGGAAACGGUUACAAGAAGAAGCCAACACACAGCCCUGGUACUCGCCCCCCGAAGCCCCAAUGUUCCAUGCCCAAAUGCGACGAAGGAUGCACCAUCAACUACAAGAGCAAACCUUGUCCUUCUUGUGACUGUAAGAACAAACCGCCAGGUGGCAAGAAGCCCACACACGGCCCUGGUACUCGCCCCCCGAAGCCCCACUGUUCCAUGCCCAAAUGCGACGAAGGAUGCACCAUCAACUUCAAGAGCAAACCUUGUCCUUCUUGUGACUGCAAGCACAAACCACCAGGAGGAAAGAAGCCUACUCAUGGCCCUGGAAAGAAGCCUACUCAUGGUCCUGGAACGAAGCCUACACAUCAUCCUGGAAAGAAACCAACUCACGGCCCCGGAAAGAAGCCUACCCAUGGCCCUGGAAAGAAACCUACUCAUCGUCCCGGAAAGAAGCCAACUCACGGCCCCGGAAAGAAGCCUACCCAUGGUCCCGGAAAGAAGCCAACUCACGGCCCCGGAAAGAAGCCUACCCAUGGUCCUGGAAAGAAGCCUACCCAUGGCCCUGGAAAGAAGCCUACCCAUGGCCCUGGAAAGAAACCAACUCACGGCCCCGGUAAGAAGCCAACACAUGGCCCUGCUACUCGGCCCCCGAAGCACUGUUCCAUGCCUAAAUGUGAUGAAGGAUGCACCAUCGACUACAAGAGCAAACCUUGUCCUUCUUGUGACUGCAGAAACAAGUCGCCAGAGUCUUGUGGAAAGAACCAAGUGUACAAACCAUGCGGCAGUGCUUGUCCGCCGACUUGCGAGAACAAGGGAAAGUCGGUUCGCUGCACCAGACAAUGCGUGGCCGGGUGCUUCUGUAAGAAUGGUCUCGUGAAGGACAGCAAUGGGAAAUGUGUGAAACUCUACGAUUGUAAGAAAGCCGGAAAGAAGCCUCCUGGUCACCACCCACCAACGCACCGCCCCCCACAUUGCGACAGGCUCAAGUGUGGAAAGGGCUGUCACAUCGACUACAGCACCAAACCAUGCCCCAGUUGCAAGUGUAAAGGUGGUACAGGUUCCUGUGGAAAAGAGGAAGUGUACCAGCAGUGUGGCUCAGCUUGCCCACCCACAUGCAAGAGCCAAGGAAAACCCGCGAGGUGCACCAUGCAGUGCGUGGCUGGAUGUUUCUGCAAGGGGAAGAUGGUCCGAAACGAGCAGGGAAGGUGCGUCAAUCCGAGAGACUGCAAAAAAGGUAACAACUGUCCUGCCAUUGAUUGUGCUGAAGGCUGCUGGCUGGAUGAAAGUGCGAAACCUUGUCCUCGCUGCGUAUGCGACGACGAUGGAGAAGGUGGACAAAACCCCCCUACAGGUCAACCUCCGGUGCAAUGUUCACCGCCCAAGUGCUCUAAGGGUUGCAAGAUCGACUAUUCCACAAAGCCAUGUCCAAGUUGCAAAUGUCACAAUUCACCAGGUUCCUGUGGAAAGGAUGAAGUGUUCCAGCAAUGCGGCUCAGCUUGCCCACCCACAUGCAAGAACCAAGGAAAACCCGCGAGGUGCACCAUGCAGUGCGUGGCUGGAUGUUUCUGCAAGGGGAAGAUGGUCCGAAACGAGCAGGGAAGGUGCGUCAAUCCGAGAGACUGCAAAAAAGAAAACAACUGUCCUGCGAUUGAUUGUGCUGAAGGCUGCUGGCUGGAUGAAAGUGCGAAACCUUGUCCUCGCUGCGUAUGCGACGACGAUGAAGAAGGUGGACAGAAUCCUCCUACGGGUCAACCACCGGUACAAUGUUCACCACCCAAGUGCUCCAAGGGUUGCAAGAUCGACUAUUCCACAAAACCAUGUCCAAGUUGCAAAUGUCACAAUUCAAUAGGACAAAAAUGUGGAAAGAACGAAAAAUACAGCACCUGCGUGAACCCUUGCAACGGAUGCGACAUCAGGGGCAAGUGCAAUUUCCUGGUUUGCAACAAAGGCUGCGACUGCAUCAAAAACUAUCACCGAGAUUCCAAGGGCAAAUGCAUUCCUCUGUCAAAGUGUCCUCCGAAAGGUGGAGAGAAUCCUCCAACUGGUCAACCCCCGGUGCAGUGUGAUCCACCCAAGUGCCCCAAAGUUUGCAAGAUCGACUAUUCUACAAAACCGUGUCCAAGUUGCAAAUGUCAAAAUUCACCAGGCAAAUGCGGCAAAAAUGAAGAAUAUUCAGAUUGCGGCACUCACUGUCCCUUGACCUGCAAGGAGCCGGAGCCCAGACCUUGUAACAGGAAAUGUGCCAGGGGUUGCUUCUGCAAGAAGGGAUACGUCAGAGCAGACGAUGGAACUUGCGUCAAGCCCGAAAACUGUCCAAAAGAACAGAGUAAGUGA